UCCGUCAACAACAAAGUGAAAGUUGCAGAUUUAUUAUUUUGAGUAAAUUUAAAAUCUAAAAUGCCACUGCCGGGGUUAGAAUUACUUUACCAGAGUUUAUCCAGUGUUUAUAAGAAUGCUGACGAUGUCCUAGUGUCGGUAAUUCACUGGAAAAUAAUAUCAAAUGGUUUUAAAUGCAUCGGUAAAGGUGAAAAGGGUAAAAGCUGUGAUAAGAAGUCAGAGAUGCUACCAAAGGACUGGAACUCUGAUGAGAAUGUUUACGUACUGCGUUACAAUCAAACAUCAAACAAUAAAAUAUUUAUUUUAAAGAUUAUUAAAAUAGACGAUUCUCUGAUGGUCAAUUUCAUGAGAGAAGAGGAUGAGAAAGUUGCUAGUAUGAAUAUCCGAUCGUCCGACCACUGUACAGGUGUUUUAGACGAUUAUCACAGUGCCUUCAAAAAUCUCGAAGACUUCAAGAAAAGGGUUAAAAAAGAAAUAUUUGAUGAAUUUAAAAGUUCUGUUGAGAAGAAAAGUGAAAGUAGGAAAUGUGAGAAAUCGUCGUCGUUAUUAGAAGAUGAUAGAUUUACACAGGGUGGUCCUUCACAUCGUAGAUCUGGUCAACAGCAUGAAUGGAUAGACCCAGACGGUCCAUUUUCUGUCGGACGAGGUGACUUGGAUCCUUUUGGUGGAAUGGGAGGUGGAAUGCUGAUGGAUCCGAGAAGAUCUGGGGGACCAGGAUUUGGAAUGGAUCCAAGUACUGGAUUACCUGCACGGUUACCAAGAGGAGCUGUACCGCCUGGAGCGCGAUUUGAUCCAUUUGGUCCUUCUGGUGCGAGGCCAUCACCUGAUCCUGAUCAUAUGAGACCACCAGAUUAUGAUGAUAUGUUCAUGUAAACAAAAUGUCUCUUGUCUUUCAAUUUAAACACAGUGUCUCUUGCCUUUCAAUGUAAACACAGUGUCCCUUGUCUAUAAAUGUAAACACAGUGUCUCUUGUCUAUCAAUGUAAACAUGGUGUCUCUUGUCUAUCAAUGUAAACACAGUGUCCCUUGUCUCUUGUCUAUCAAUGUAAACACAGUGUCCCAUGUCUCUUGUCUAUCAAUGUAAACACAGUGUCCCUUGUCUCUUGUCUAUCAAUGUAAACACAGCUAGUGUCCCUUGUCUCUUGUCUAUCAAUGUAAACAUGGUGUCCCUUGUCUCUUGUCUAUCAAUGUAAACAUGGUGUCCCUUGUCUAUCAAUGUAAACAUGGUGUCCCUUGUCUAUCAAUGUAAACACAGUGUCCCAUGUCUCUUGUCUAUCAAUGUAAACACAGUGUCCCUUGUCUCUUGCCUUUCAAUGUAAACAUGGUGUCCCUUGUCUAUCAAUGUAAACACAGUGUCCCAUGUCUCUUGUCUAUCAAUGUAAACACAGUGUCCCUUGUCUCUUGCCUUUCAAUGUAAACACAGUGUCCCUUGUCUAUAAAUGUAAACACAGUGUCUCUUGUCUAUCAAUGUAAACAUGGUGUCUCUUGUCUAUCUUGUAAACAUAGUGUCCCUUGUCUCUUGUCAAUCAAUGUAAACAUAGUGUCCCUUGUCUCUUGUCUAUCAAUGUAAACAUGGUGUCCCUUUAUCAAUGUAAACAUGGUGUCCCUUGUCUCUUGUCUAUCACAUAAACACUGUGGCUAAGGAACUUUUCUGAAACAAGGAGUAGCUCUUGAGGACAUUUUAUGUUUUUUUAUUCAACUUUAGUAAGAAAAUCAUUUUGAUUUAUAGUCUUUAUGGUUUAUUUGCAUUAUUGAAAAAUAUUAAACUUUCCGUUGAUUAAUCGCUCUAAAAAAUACUAAAAUUGAUUAUUCAACAUGUAAUAAGGAAAAAAAAAUAUGAAAGGUUGUGAAUCUCCUGGAUUAAAAAGAGGGUUCACCUUAAAAUAACCCAAAUCUCAAA